GUUCAGCCGAACAGUUACCGAUCCGCAACGGUUUGGGACGGGUUAUCGUUCACCUAGUCCGUUUCUGAUCAUCGUAAUAACGUGUACACGCAUUGCCUACUUUCAUUUAUUGUCGUUUUUUUUUUAAAAUUUUAAAUCGGUUUUCAGUUCGUGUAUUUGUCGGCAAUAAAAAUAAAAUGUGCGACACCAAGACGACAGACAGCCGGUGACAAAACGACACAGUUUUUCCAUUUCUCAAUUAUUUUUCACGUUCCUAGAAUACUUACUUAGAAAAAUAAUAAUAUAAUCUACAUUACCUACAAAUUAUAAUAGUGAUAAUAAAAAAAAAACGAUGAUUGUUAACCGGCGGACAAACGUGUUAUGGUUUAUCACAUUCACGGCGAUGUUAGCGCAUAACACAGUCAGAAGCGAAAUUGACUGUUAUGAAUGUACAGUACAUCCGCCAGAAAGAUAUUUAAACAAAACGGCAAAAUUGUGUUCAAAAUUUGAUUCGUCCGAUUUAUUCAAAGUACAUUGUCCUUAUUCAACGUUUUGCAUGAAGAAAUCGUUUCAAUUAGAAAUGCAAGGAGGAAAAAUAGUUAAGGCAGCGGUGAGAGGGUGCGCACCUCAAAAGAACGACAACCAGGUGUUUAAAGAUGGUAGGUGGCAGGUUGAAACGAAAAUCGACUUAGACUCGUACACGAAUGGAUGUUUAUCGGGAGACGACAAAGACAACCUAAGGACUUCCAAAACGGAGUUCUGUUAUUGUGAUGAUAACCUGUGUAAUGAUGCCAACCAACCAGUCAAUAAUUUAUCAAACCACUCAGACACCAUAGCUGUUAUUAUCAUUUACAACAUAAUGAGGUUUUUGAAAACACACACCCAACCGGCAACGUAGCAUAUUGUGCACGUUGUAUGUUUGAAUACAAAAAACUGUUAACAAUUGAUCUAUGACAGUCACCGAUAAAUUGUUAGUAAGACUUUGACAACAAAAAAACAAGAGUAGAAGAAACAAUAUAAACUACUUGAGUAUUUUCCUGUUUUUAUUUAAUUUAUUAUUAUUGUAUCAUUUUAGUGGAUUUUGUUUUUUUAUUUUAUUAUUAUUGAUUAAUAAAUAACAUGUAUAUCGUUUAUUGUUUGAGAAUCGGGCCAAUAUCAACGACAAGAACAUGAUAAUCUUUAAGAAUCAUUUGAUAAUUAGUAUAGUGCUACUCGGCUGUGUUUAAUUGUAAUAAGUAAUUUAAGUGAUAUUUUUAAUAUUUACUCAAAAUAAAAAAAAAUAAAAAUAAAUGUGAUUAUCAAUAUUAAAUGGUAUUUAACCAUUGUUACUUAUUAUAUUAAAAAUGAAUUAUUUAUACAAAUACCACGCAAU